UAAUAAAGUUGCGUAUGGCCAUCAAGCCUGAACAUCAUCAUCAACGUCAAUUCACAGCCUUGCCGACACUCUUUCACACACAAUACCAAAUCCCCAGACUACUCCUUCGCUUUUCAAGAUGUCUAUGUUCGGAAUCGGAAGGCCGCAGCCGUCGUCGGCUGAGAAGAUCGCUGCCGCCGAGCAGGAGAUGGACCUCGUCACAGACAUGUUCAGCAAGCUCUCGCGCGCAUGCAUGAAGAAGUGUAUACCCAACGAUUACCGCGAGGGUGAGCUGAACAAGGGCGAGGGUGUCUGCAUCGACAGGUGCGCCGCGAAAUUUUUCGAUGUCCAGAUGAAGGUUUCGGAGAUCCUACAAGCAGAGGCACAGGCGAAGGGUGCUGGUGGUGGACAGGGUCCGGGAGGAAUGGGCUUUGGUGGGAUGUAAGAAUAUGAUGUGGCAGCAUGACAAGGGCUUAUUGGCACUCGGGGUGAUCUGGUUACUUCGGCUUUUGGGAUUAGACGCCUUUGGAGGCAGGGGAUAUAUGUCUCCUCCAGGGCUUGUACGUCUUGGAUUGUGGGGGGUCUCGGGGAGUGUUCUCUCGGAUCUCAGCACUAUUGUACUACUAUAUGUAAAAAUUAUGACAUUGUCGAGCUCAUUUACUCCUCCGAUUAUGUUUAUCUUGACCCAUCUGCUCGUGGAUGCCACCCGUACUGGUGUGGGAUAUU